GACAAAAUUUUCAUCAUUCAGUCUCCAACCUCGAAGCCGACAAGAUGCAAACCCAGAUCUUCUCCAAGCUUUCCCUGGCCUUGGCCGCCACCCUGCUGCUGCUUUCCGGCCCAGCUGCCCAAGCCGGACCCAUCGAAGACCGUCCGGCCGUGGCCACCGUCCAGUUCCGAAGCCUGUUCGACAACUCGGUCUGCACCGGCUACCAAGUUUUCAACAACCUGUUCGUCACCGAAGCCCGUUGCCUGGACACGGAAGCUAGCGCCAUCAACGGAAUGUACAACUUGGACUUUGAGAACGAGGGCCUGCAGGAGAUUGAAGCGUUCGCGAUGAAACCCGUUGACGAGAAGAACGUCCUGAUCAUGCGGAAGGACGUGGAGUCGCAUCGCCGUUUGGUCCGGUCGGGCCGUCAGGAUGAAGCCACUACGGCCCACCCCCACACCACGGCCGGUGCCGGCUUCCGCGAGGCCAACGUGACGCUGAUGGGAGCCACCCUGCUGAUGCUGCUGGGAUUCAUCACCAAGAAGCAGUGAAGAAGUGAGCGUGAAGAUUCUGUAUCUUUAUUAUAUGAAGCGUUUGGAGAAUAAAACCAGCUAUUUAAUGCUAAUA